AUGAUCGGUGACCCCGGAUACUCUGUGAAAGAGGCACUUACAAUCCUUUCCCCUGUUGCGAAUAGUCAUUACAGAUCAGGAGCACUAUUGGCGCUUCCUGACAAGGAGCAAAAUUUCUAUUCGUGGUUCCUAUCCAUGCCUCAGCAGUUUCCUCCUGCUCUGAACGCGCCUUUCCAGCCUACAUACGGCCAGUACCUAGGCGCUUUCGCUGCUCCUCCUCAGCCCUUGUUUGAUUUUUCGAAACAGGCACACGCUACCCAAAUUCCACAGCGGGAAGAGGAGCUGUGA